AUGUCACUACAGAGCAAUAGUGUGAAACCAACAGAGAUCCCUCUGUCGCAGAUCAGGCGCCCAUUAGCGCCCGUGUUGGAUCCGCAGAAAAUCGACGCCAUGGUGGCCACCAUGAAGGGAAUCCCUAUGGCCAGCAAAACGUGUUCGUUAGAACAGGCUGAGGCUGCAGCCUCAGCCAAGCAGCUGCCGCCCGUGGACGUGCUGAGCGUGCGAGUUCAAGACCAGACGCUAUACUAUGCCUUUGGCGGCUGCCACCGUCUGCAGGCCUAUGACCGCCAGGCCCGCGAAACCCGGAAUGCGGCCUUCCCCGUGCGCUGCAGGGUGCUGCCGGCCACCCCUCGCCAGAUCCGUAUGUACCUGGGCAGCAGUCUCGACAUCGAAUAG